UACCGCUGGAAUGCUGAUGCUGAUACACGCACACAGGCAGCAUCGGAGCAGCGGGUACCCGUAACCCUGGCUGACAUCAUUCACAGUGGUCCACCUGCCCCUUUCCCCUUCCAUGGCCGCCGCCGCCGCCUCUCGCGCCGCCGGCCGCCUCCUUUCCCCCCGUCUCCUCAUCGCCUCGCGCCAUCUCCAAGCAAGUGCCUCGGAGGGAUCGGCGAGGGAUGCGUCCACAAGCUUCAUCCACCCCGCCGCCGUCGUCCACCCCGACGCCGCCAUCGGCCAGGGUGUCUCGGUAGGCCCAUUUUGCACCGUGGGGGCUUCAGCGAGGAUCAGUGAUGCUUGUCAGUUACAUACAGGGAGUCAUGUCACAGGACACACCGAGCUAGGAGAAGGAUGUGUUGUUCACACUGGUGCUAUUCUUGGUGCAGAUCUACCUGGACGAACAAUUAUUGGGGAAAACAAUGUAAUUGGGAACUAUGCUGUGGUUGGUGUUAAGUGUCAAGAUCUCAAAUAUAAGCCAGGAGAUGAAUGCUUUCUACGCAUUGGUAACAACAAUGAGAUCAGAGAGUACUGCUCUAUUCAUCGAUCUUCUAAAUCUUGUGACUGCACGGUUAUUGGUGACAAUAAUCUCAUAAUGGGGUCCUGCCAUGUAGCACAUGACUGCAAGAUUGGUAGCAAUAACAUCUUUGCUAAUAAUACUCUAUUUGGUGGCCAUGUUAUUGUUGAAGACUGCACUCAUACUGCUGGGGCUGUCGUUGUCCAUCAAUUUUGUCACAUUGGAUCAUUCUCAUUUCUAGGCGGAGGCUCUGUGGUUGCACAAGAUGUUCCAAGAUAUACGAUGGUUGCAGGUGAUAGAGCAGAGCUUCGUGGUCUGAAUCUUGAAGGUCUCAGGCGCAACGGUUUCUCAGACCAAGAGGUACGGAGCCUAAGGAAAGCAUAUAGGAAAGUAUUUAUGCCAGCUAGUAGUUCCCAGAGUAACUUUGAAGACCGGCUCGCCGAACUGGAGCGGGAAAUUGAGCUAUUGGAAUCUCCCUCUGUAUCCUAUAUGGUGGAAUCUAUUCGCACCUCAUUUGACCAAGGACGUCGUGGAAUUUGCAAAUUCAGAAGUUGGAACAUCUCAUAAGUUUACAGCCCACUCCAAUCUAUGGAAUGCUCGGUUUCAAUUCUCGUUGUUCUUCUAUUCCCGACGCAUGGAUACACCAUACAGACAGCGAGUGACUGGGUGCCAGUCAAUCCAGAUGAAACCUGGGUUGUACACAAAAUGAUUGUCGCACCGAUUAUAGGGAGGUUGUGUGUAGUACUAGUUUUCUUACCUCUUGGAUGUACAAUCCUUGUAUUAUAGCUCAUAGUUGUACACAGCAACUCGACAUGGCCUUGAUUUUGUUCAGAUCUGAGGCUCUAAGCUGUAAGAUCCGGAUGACGUUAUAUUAUUGAGAUGCACAGUCACUAUUUUGUA